GCAGCAUCUAAAGAAGCUGAAGCAGCAGCACGAUCUGCCCCCAAACCCAUGUCUCCUUCCGAUUUCUUGGAUAAGUUGAUGGGGCGAACAUCAGGAUACGAUGCCAGGAUCAGGCCAAAUUUUAAAGGCCCACCCGUGAACGUCAGCUGCAACAUUUUCAUCAACAGCUUUGGUUCCAUUGCAGAAACGACUAUGGAUUACAGGGUGAACAUCUUCCUGCGACAGCAGUGGAAUGACCCACGGCUGGCUUACAACGAGUACCCUGACGACUCGCUGGACCUGGACCCCUCUAUGCUGGACUCCAUCUGGAAGCCUGAUUUGUUCUUCGCUAAUGAGAAAGGGGCCCAUUUCCAUGAGAUUACCACAGACAACAAGCUCCUGAGGAUCUCCAGAAAUGGCAACGUCCUCUACAGCAUCAGGAUCACGCUGACCCUGGCCUGCCCCAUGGACCUGAAGAACUUCCCCAUGGAUGUACAGACAUGCAUCAUGCAGUUAGAAAGCUUUGGCUACACAAUGAAUGAUCUCAUAUUUGAAUGGCAAGAAAAAGGAGCCGUGCAAGUGGCUGAUGGGCUGACAUUGCCUCAGUUUAUCCUCAAAGAAGAAAAAGACUUGAGAUACUGCACAAAGCACUACAACACAGGCAAGUUCACCUGUAUAGAAGCUCGUUUCCACCUGGAGCGGCAGAUGGGCUAUUACUUGAUCCAGAUGUACAUCCCCAGUCUCCUGAUUGUCAUUCUGUCCUGGAUCUCCUUCUGGAUCAAUAUGGAUGCUGCACCUGCUCGUGUUGGCCUGGGGAUCACCACAGUGCUCACUAUGACCACGCAGAGCUCUGGCUCCCGAGCAUCACUGCCCAAGGUGUCCUAUGUGAAGGCCAUAGACAUCUGGAUGGCCGUGUGCUUGCUGUUCGUGUUCUCCGCGCUUCUAGAGUACGCUGCUGUCAACUUCGUGUCUCGGCAGCACAAAGAGCUGCUCAGGUUCAGAAGGAAGAGGAGGCACCAUAAGAGUCCCAUGCUGAAUCUGUUCCAGGAGGACGAAGCUGGUGAAGGCAGGUUCAACUUCACUGCCUACGGGAUGGGACCAGCUUGCCUACAAGCCAAGGAUGGCAUCUCCGUCAAGGGCGCCAACAACAACAACACAGCCAACCCAGUCCCCCCGCCCUCCCGCUCCCCCGAGGAGAUGCGAAAGCUCUUCAUUCAGCGAGCCAAGAAGAUCGACAAGAUCUCACGCAUCGGCUUCCCUAUGGCCUUCCUCAUCUUCAACAUUUUCUACUGGAUCAUCUACAAGAUCGUCCGCAGAGAGGAUGUGCACAACCAGUGA